CACCGGGACCCCAGCUUCUGAGCGCGAGCUUCCCAGAGCUGCACCUGCCGUGCACGAACGCCCCCUGGCGGGAGCCCCGGCCUGCGCUAGGCGAGCGCAGGGGAGGGGGCGGGGGCGCCGCGCACGCGCAGGGGCCGGCGGCGCGCUCCGAGCGGGGGGCGCCGCGCGGUGCAGCCACGAUGGAAGGGGGUGCGUACGGAGCGGGCAAAGCCGGGGGCGCCUUCGACCCCUACACCCUGGUGCGGCAGCCACACACCAUCCUGCGCGUCGUGUCUUGGGUCUUCUCCAUCGUAGUCUUCGGCUCCAUCGUGAACGAGGGCUACCUCAACAACCCAGAGGAGGAGGAGGAAUUCUGCAUCUACAACCGCAACCCCAAUGCCUGCAGCUACGGCGUGACGGUGGGCGUGUUGGCCUUCCUCACGUGCCUGCUCUACCUGGCGCUUGACGUGUACUUCCCGCAGAUCAGCAGUGUCAAGGACCGCAAGAAGGCUGUGCUGUCUGACAUCGGUGUCUCGGCCUUCUGGGCCUUCUUCUGGUUCGUGGGUUUCUGCUUCCUGGCUAACCAGUGGCAAGUCUCCAAGCCCAAGGACAACCCUCUGAAUGAAGGGACAGAUGCAGCCCGAGCCGCCAUCGCCUUCUCCUUCUUCUCCAUUUUCACGUGGGCGGGCCAGGCUGUGCUAGCCUUCCAGCGGUACCAGAUUGGCGCCGACUCGGCCCUCUUCUCCCAGGACUACAUGGAUCCCAGCCAGGACUCCAGCAUGCCUUAUGCACCCUACGUGGAGCCCAGCGCUGGGUCGGACCCUGCUGGCAUGGGUGGCACCUACCAGCAUCCAGCCAACGCCUUUGAUGCUGAGCCCCAGGGCUACCAGUCGCAGGGCUACUGAGCCCCCCUGAUGGUGGUUACAGUGACCACCUACCCUGCCCCUGCCCUUCCGUCCUAGCUCCCCUCCCAAGCACCCUGCUCCCUCCCAGGUGACCCUGCCUAGCACAUGCUCAGCCUCCAAGUGACUCCACUGAAGCCCAGUGCCGCUGGGGUGGGGAGUGGUGUGGUGUGUCCACAUAUGUAUGCAAGUGUCUGCCAGGCCAGGGUGAGGAGUGGUGUGGUGUGUCCACAUAUGUGUGCAAGUGUCUGCCCAGCCAGGGUGGGGAGUGGUGGGGUGUGUCCACAUAUGUGUGCAAGUGUGUGCUCAGCCAGGGUGGGGAGUGGUGGGGUGUGUCCACAUAUGUGUGCAAGUGUGUACCCAGCUAGGGUCUAGAGGUGGGGCCCAGGGUUACAGUCAUUCAUUGUGUCCUUGAGCAUCCACUGAGCACCUACUGUAUGCCAGACCUUGCUCAGCUGGGGAGUGAAAGAGUUAGAGAGGGGGAGAUAGACCAAGGAGGCCCUGUUCCAGAUACAGGAAAGGUGGGACAGACAGAUGCCGGGAAGCUUGGCGCAAGGGGUUCAGCCACAUGUGAGUGUGGUCAAUCACAGGAUGUAGGCUGUCAUCCCCAGAAUCUGUGGUAUAUAUCAGUCCUCCUGGGAUUGCCAGGGUUAUCUCCAUUUUAUGGUUGAGGAAACCAAGGGCUGAAGGGUCAAGGCUCUUUGUUCAAGGUCAUUGAAGCAGCUCCUGAUGAGGCCACACGAAGAUGGGCCAGAUAGAGAGCUCCUGCCAGCUUCCAGUUCCUACACCUAGGCUCUGCCACUCAGUGUGACUCCAGUUUGAUUGGGGUUGGGGCUAACGGCAGGGCGGUGCUUCAAGGCAUGAGUCUAGUGAGACCCCGUGAUCUGCCUCAAACCGAGGGAGGGCCUCCUCUGCCUCAGCUGCUUUCCUUAUGCCGGUCUCCUCCUUAGUCUUGGUCUUUUCUUAGUGGGCUCCCUCAACCUACCCUUGUCCCUUUGUGUUGCUCCAUGCUCAACAUGUCCAGCAGGGAACUCCUUUGGGGUGUGCCAGCAACCCUUGGCAGUUUCCGAAGGGAGUAGUGGCCAUCCCUUCCUCUUGGAGGGCUCUCUGAGCCCUUUGCUCAUGGCUGGAUAGACAGGAGGCCAGGAGGUAGCAGAGACUUGACCCAAGGUCCCAGUGAAUAAGUGUUAGAGUUUACCUUGCUUCCUAAACUUAUUGGCUCCACCCACCCAGUAAGGGGCUCCACCCCUGGCAUCACCUGGGACACUGUCCUCUCUCUCCUUGUUUGGGUUAGCAAAGGUUUGGGGCUGGAGUAGUGGGAGGAGCUUUCAACUACAGGGUCAGUUUGAGUGCCACAGCCACAGGUCCCAUGACCCUAAAUGACAAAGGAGUGAGAUGAUGCAGAGAGACUUCUAGCCACAGGAAAGAGAAUAAUGGGUUGCCUGAAAAACAGAAGGGAAAGGGGGUAGGGCCUAAGGGGACAGCAAGGAGGCAUUUUCAUACCUGGUGCUUCCUUCUCUGUGACAGAGGGAGCGCAGAGGGAGGUUGUCUGCUCUGUCCUCCUGUGUGUGCCCAGUAUAUAGGAGUUGGUUCCUGGGAAGCAGGUCAGUGACCUUUAACAGAGUGUCCCCACCACCUCAUCCCAUGCCUACAGGACUCUGCCAGGCAGAUUUGCUCUUCUGGUACCAUGUUGGUGUGAUGUCACCAAGGGUGUCUGUGGUCCCCGUCCCGUAGGAGCCUGUGAAGCACAUACAGGCCCAGGGUCCAUUACAGUGAGAACCAUGGAGUGAGGGCAGGCCUGAGGAGGAGUCAAGGAAGGGACAAGAGUUUCAGAGGCCUAGAAGGAACACCGCUGCUCCUCCUGAGCAGAAGGGGAAACCAGGAAGGCCUGAAGACCCUUCCAAGUCCUCAGGCAAGUUUCCAGAACCGGGAGCACAGAGACUUAGCAUUGGAAAUUGGAUCCAGACUGGGGUCUCCAAUGUGGCUAGGGGUUUGCAGUGUUGGGAGAGAGCCCCCGGUGGCUGAGUGACAGCUGGCUGUUGCUGACUUCCAUUUUCCACACCUGGGAAGGGGCUCUGUGUACAGCCCCAUGCCCCCAACCAGGUGGCUCAAGUAGGGACAGCUUGGGGUUAGUGGACGUGACUACAGGAGAGACUGGCUACAGGAGUGUUGCUGUGCCACCAUAGGUCACAAAGUUCUGGUCUUUGAUACUCACGACCCAGAGCCUUCCCUGCCUGUGGGCACUGGAGACCCAAGGACUGCCCAUCUGUUUCUCCCUGGACAGCAACAGGCUGCAGGAUGCCAGGCAGAGGGCAGGGUGCUGGUUAAACUCUGCCCAUCCUUGGGCAUCUCUCAUAGACUCUUCCUAGUGCUCAGUCUGGAGAAGUUUACAGAACCAGGGGACGAGACUUGAGCACCUCCCCUCGUCCCAUGCAUGCCACCAUCAUGGUAGUGAUAUCAGACAGUGGUGAGUGGCCCGAGCAGAAUUUGAGUAAGACCCAGGCUUCUGACUCAAUAGUUUGGGAGGGAUCACACCCCCACGGAUGUAGCAUAGCCCUUGGAGGACCCAAGGCCUGCUGUACCCUGGAUUUCCUUCCCCUCUCCACGGCCUCUGCUUUCCUCCCACAUUCUCCUUGGAGAGGGUCCCCCACAGCCAUGCCCUAUGGAACUGGGGUUGUCUUUUCCCUGUCAAGCACAAAAGAAGGUCCGGGAAACUUGGGUUCCACACAAGUUUAUAGCUGCAGGGAUCCUUUGAGAGAAUCGUAUAUCAUCCACGAUUAUGUGGAGUGAGAGAUUGGGGGCCCUAUCUUCUGCCUUCUGAGAUGACUUAUCCUGCACAGUCACAGGCCAUCUUGCCUGGGCGGCACCUAGUCCGCCUAGGAUGUAGCAAUCAAGGGGCUAAUUUCCAGGGGACUACCACCAGUCUCUGCUCCAUCUGUCCAUAAUGAUUCUUGGUUUUCAAAGACUUGGGGUGCCAAGCUUUUCCCAUGUAACCAAGAGCUCCCACUUGUCACCCAUGGGGCACCUCUAACCUUUGACCCAUAAAUCCUUUGAUUCCUAAAGAGUAUGAGCAGGAGUCCCCAGAGUUUAUGGAGGAUGAACUGGGCUAGCUGUCUCCCAGUGCUACCCCCGACCUGAAAACUUCUGUCCCCUGGUGCCCAUAGCUCUUGCCUGGGUGCCCUGGUCCCUCCGCAGCGUUACUGCCUGUGUAUAGUAUAAAUAUAUAUAUUUUCUAUAUAUAAGAUGUAUAAUAUAAGGCUCCACAAUAUAUCUGUGAGUGUGUGUGCGUGUGCGUGUGUGCGGUGAAGGGCGGCCCCCAACUUGGGCCCUGCUCUAGACCCUCCCCCACCUGGUUAAGCCUCUCCAGUGGACCCAGUAGCCCCGAGGCAUCCUCUGCUAUGACAUCCAUCCAUCUGUGGUGACCAAGUGAAGGUGGUGACUUCUGGUGACAUAGUAAUAAAGUGAAGAGUCAACUCACCA